AUGCUUCUGCGCCGAACGAGUCUCAGCGAACAACAUGCCGCCGGAAAGACCACAGCGGAACAACAGGCGCGCCGGGAUUCCGACGGCCAACGACCGCUGACUUGCAUGUUUUACUUUUUUGCUUCCCAAAUGAAGCGCAAUACCCAGCCCGCCGAUUCGGACCUCGUGCGAAGAGGGACAGUAGAGGACAAGCCCACACAUCGGCUGGAUUCGAUGAUUGCAAGACUAGGCAUGCAAGCCGCGUUUUCUCCUUUGAUUUCCAAGUUCGACACAUAUCCGGCAGAGAUCCCAGACGCCAGGCCCGAGAGCUCGCGACGGAAGAAGCCGGCACCUCCUCCAGGAGAAGUUCAUGACACCGUCCUGAUCAUGAAGUUUCGCGACAAGCGCGCCCAGCAAGAAUGGAUUGCGACCAAAGAGUGGCAGGACUUCAUGCAAAAGACAGAGGGACAGGAGGUCUUCAGGAGGAUGCCCCAUGUGCGAUGUGCCAGCAGUGUCAGAGGCCUGAUGGAUCCCAUGGAUAUCCUGACUGCUUGA